AUGGGUGUUAGUGCAGGGGGGUCGCAGGCCAUGGGUGUUAGUGCAGGGGGGUCACAGGCCAUGGGUGUUAGUGCAGGGGGGUCGCAGGCCAUGAGUGUUAGUGCAGGAGAGUCGCAGGCCAUGGGUGUUAGUGCAGGGGGGUCACAGGCCAUGGGUGUUAGUGCAGGGGGGUCGCAGGCCAUGAGUGUUAGUGCAGGAGAGUCGCAGGCCAUGGGUGUUAGUGCAGGAGAGUCGCAGGCCAUGGGUGUUAGUGCAGGAGGGUCACAGGCCAUGGGUGUUAGUGCAGGGAGGUGGCAGGCCAUGAGUGUUAGUGCAGGAGAGUCGCAGGCCAUGGGUGUUAGUGCAGGAGGGUCGCAGGCCAUGAGUGUUAGUGCAGGAGAGUCGCAGGCCAUGGGUGUUAGUGCAGGGGGUUGCAGGCCUUGGGUGUUAGUGCAGGGGGUGGCAGGCCAUGGGUGUUAG